UUUGCUUUUAGUGUUGGCAGAAAGGCUGCCAGACACGUCAACAUAGCAGAACCCCGCGAGCUGAACGCGUCCAUUUACCACAGGGCUCCAUCACCGCAGCGUCUGAUCCUGAGCUGGUCGCCGUGAAUGUAAUUCCUUUCUUCAUUCCCAUCAGUGUCUAAAGGAUAUGCGUCUACUUCGCACAAGAGCUCUAUCGCUGGAGCUCGUUGAGAUCGCGGAGGAAAGGAUCGAAAGUCGAGAGAUACGCUACGCGAUUCUCUCGCACAGAUGGGGCGAUGAUGAAAUCACAUUCCAGGAUAUUCCACACCUGGGGGAUAGUGAUGAAAAGAAAAAGACCCAAGCGGCGGAUCACUUCGAGUAUGCCUGGAUAGACACCUGUUGUGUUAACAAAGACAGCAGUACCGAACUGUCAGAAGCCAUCAACUCGAUGCUAUUUCUCAACAUGAGGGAUAGUCAGUGGUUCAGACGAGGCUGGACACUUCAUGAGCUUAUCGCGCCCUCUAACCUCACGUUUCUUGCCAUGGAUUGGACCGAAAUCGGCUGCAGAAAAAGCCUCAGCUCAUUGAUUUCCAACAUCACGCUCAUCGAUGAGUCUGUACGGCAGGGUGAUACGCACCUGGAGAAGUUCAGUAUUGCGAAAAGGAUGUCAUGGGCCUCUGGGCGAGUGACCACGAGACGGGAAGACAUUUCAUAUUGCCUCAUGGGUAUUUUUGACGUGAACAUGCCAUUACUAUACGGAGAAGGCGAAAAGGCCUUUAUUAGACUGCAAGAAGAGAUCAUGAAAAACUCGGAUGAUCAAACUUUAUUUGCAUGGGAAAAUCCUGCCAUUUCCUUGGACCAUCCCAGUGGCCUACUUGCUCAAUCCCCGAUGGACUUUAGAAACUCGGGGAAUAUAAUUCCUUUCAAAUUUACCAAGACAACCACGCCCUUUACGGUAACCAAUCGAGGUAUAAGACUCGAUCUGCCUUUACUGAGAACCCCGGAUGCGCGCUUUUGCGGUGGAGGUGCUGAGUCCCUUGCUUUACCAGCAUACUAUACCUGCCGGUAG